UAAACGAAGCACGGUCCACAGUUAGUCACACUGUCUUUCGGUGACCUGCUUGAUAGCCUCAGCGGUGACAGUUGAGGCUCGUGAGGUAUCUCGGACUGUGAAGCUGGACGCCUAAACCUACUGGCCAGCUUUUAUAUACAAAAGCAAUCAUGGUGAACAUCAACAUGAACCUGUUCCGCGCCCUGGGCGACUUCUCUCACCUCGGGUCGAAAUGCGUCCUAAUAUGGGCCAUACAUCGGAACAAGAGCGCUGAAGGUGUUUCGCUCCUUACACAGAUGCUCUAUGCCUUGGUCUUCGUCACUCGAUAUCUUGACCUCUUUCGAAAAGAGGCCUGGGGAUCUUUCUAUCUUGUCUUCUUCAAAAUUUUCUAUACUGUAACGUCGUUCUAUGUCAUCUUUUUGAUGAUGAAAGUCUUCCCUCGCACACGGGAGAAGGAGAGAGCAUGGAAAAUGGGCUUGAUCUCUGUUGGUCUGUCGCUUGUCCUGGCUCCUAUCUCCCUUGCCAUAUUCAAGGAGUACAAAUCUGGUCGGUGGUUCACUGAGACAUGCUGGGCUUUCUCUAUAAUCCUUGAAUCUGUCUGUGUCCUCCCCCAAUUGCUCCUCUUGCGCCAGACCACCGUUCCGACUGUCAUCGACUCGUACUACCUGCUUAUGCUGGGAUCAUACCGAGCAUUCUAUAUUCUGAACUGGCUUGUGCGCGGACUGGGUGCCGAGGGCUUUUGGGAGCCGAUUGCCGACAUAUUUGGGCUUGUCCAGACAGCUUUUUAUAUCGACUUUGCUUGGGUUUACUACUCUCGCCAGCGUGUGAAGCUUCGUAACGGAGGGGUGGUUGACUCGGACGACUUCCGCCACAGCUGGCUUGUUAGCAAGGUGCUCAAUUUCAGACAGCGCAGGGUGGCGGAUGAGGAGCAGAGUUUGAAUGAUGAUGACUUUGAAGAAGAGAGGGUCAAUGGGGAGAGGCCAAAGAACAACCGAUGGGGCGCAAGAGGGAUUUCGGUCUCCGCCGAUGACACAUUGGAGGAUCAACGGCCUCGAACUCAUGGCUCGAGCCAUGAUAACAGCUUAGAAGGGUUCUCGGAUGAGGAAGAUGACGCUCCGGUAUAUCAAGCGAACAAGACCUCUUCUGGGGCCACUGGGAGCGGAGUUUGAAUUGAUUGAUUUUUUCUGGGCCAUAUAUAGAUUUCUCUGAUGCAGAUCUACGUCUCUGCUUACUCUCUCUUGGGUGCAAUUUGGUCUCUCGACCCUGCCUGCAUGUCAUCCUAUCUCCAAAGCGAACUGUUCAUCAUCUUUAG